AUGUGGGGGCUCUUCUUGGUGACGGGCCACGGCGUGCUCGCGGAGGUGGCAGCCGCGGCCCUGGGCGCAGCGCGGGCGUUCCACGACGCCGACGGCGGGGAGGGCAGCGAGAAGGCGCGGCUCUACACGUGGGACCCAGCCAAGGUGGUGAAGGAUGCGUUCUUUGACUACGCCAGGCACACCAAGCGUUUGCUUGGCACAUUGUACAGGUUGCUGUCGGAGGCUCUUGGGCUUGGCCCGACCUACCGAACUGACAUAGACUGCAACAAAGGGCAGAUGAUAUUGUUCCACUACUAUCCUCCAUGCCCUGAGCCCGAUCUCGCCAUCGGGACAACCAGGCAUUCCGACACCGGCUUCCUCACCGUGCUCCUUCAGGAUGACAUCGGUGGCCUGCAGGUCCUCCACGACGAUCAGUGGAUUGACGUCCCGCCGACGCCAGGAGCGUUCAUAGUGAACGUCGGUGAUCUCAUGCAGAUGAUGUCGAACGACAAGUUCAAAAGCGCCGAGCACAGGGUGGUGGCGAAGAAGGCUGGACCGAGGGUCUCGAUGGCGUGCUUUACCAGCCAUUAA